AUGCCCGUCAUGGUGGAAGACAUCAUGAAGCUGUUGUGCACCCUCUCUGAGAAGAGAAAAAUGAAAGCAGCUGUCAAGCACUUGGGCAAGGACAAGGUCUUGGGCAAGGUCAAGGACACCCUGGUCGCAGGAGCUGCGGCCUUCGUGUGCGGCGUGGUGUUCAGUUUGGUGGGUGGCCCACCAGGAUUUGUUGUCGGUGGCGCUGUCGGGGGCCUGUUAGGUGCCUGGAUGACAAGUGGACAGUUCCAGCCCGUCCAUCAGAUCUUAAAGGAGCUCCCUCUGGUGGAUAAGCAGAAGCUCUUUAAUAAGGUCCUUGACAUCAUCAGGCACCUGGACUAUAAAGAUGCCGUUCAGCUCACCACUCUCGUCCUAGGCAGUGAGGCCCUGCAGGAGCAGCUGCUGGCCGUGCUGGUAUGCUACUUCGAGGAGGAGCUGCAGGCCCUUAUCUGCUACGAUGAAUAG